GUCUCCACCACAGACCCCAGAUAGUAGUAUGAGCAGCAGCCCGCUGAGCCCGAACGCCAAGCGCGACGCGAUCAUCAGCAACUCGACGACGCAGGGUAUCAAGGCUGCGGCGAUCGCUGGCGUCACCGCUGGCUCGCUCGUCGCGGUCGCCCAUCACCAAUCCCCGUGGUUCCGGAAUCGCCUCGGUGUCAGCGGCAAGGUUGGCCUCGCGGUGAUGGCCUCGCUCGCCUCCUUUGCAAUCGUCGCCGAGCAGGAUCUUCUCCGAGGCAGCCGCAACCCGGACGCGUACUUGGCCGAGCUCCUCGAAGACAACGCGCCGAUUGCGGCCAAGCCCGACCACCACCUGCCGCUGCACCAACGCGCGGCCAACUACGUGUACGACUACCCGUUCCGGACGCUCGUGUGCUCGGCUACACCGCUCGUCGGCCUCAUCUUCUUUGACCAGAGCCGCAACGCCAACAUCCAGUUCUCGCAGAAGAUCAUGCACACGCGCAUUUACGGCCAGGGCUCGUGCGUCGUCCUGCUUCUCGGCACAAUGGCGUUCCACGACUGGAUGUCGAAGCGCGGUCGCUUCGAGUAGAUGGUAGAGUCUUCUCGAUGGACGCCCGCAAUAACAAGAUAAACACCAUCGAGACUACCCACCAUA